AUGGCCUCCGGAUCCGGAUCGCAGCCUGACUUGCCGUCCUAUGCCCUCAAGGUCGUCCCGGCGUCCAGGGGCGGCGGAGGCCUCUUCUUCCUUCGCUCCCAGAAGCGGGACCACGAGGAGCUAGGCAGGGGCGGCGGCUUCAACGAGCGACAGACGGCGACGGAUCUGAAAGCAGAGCACAACUCGGACGACGAGCUCUAUGACGAGUUCGGCCGGAAGAAGCGCCGGAAAGCAAAGGCAGCCGCCAAGGGGCCCUCCAAGACGGAAGCGCCCAAAGCUGAAGCCGACAGCAAGGAGGAAGUCCAGGCCCAGAAGCAAAAGGAGCCCGGAACCACUCCGCCCGCGGUGCCUGAGCCUUCGCCUACCGCGGCCUCCGCAGCCCGCGUCAUCGAUCCCCGGCCGGGAAAGGGAGCCCAGAAGGGGCUCCCGGCACCGGGAGCUCCAGCCGGGUUUGCCGUGAUGGUGCCUGGAGGGCAGCAGGCCCAGCAGGCGGCGCAGGCGGUGCAGGCGGCGCAAUCCUGGUGGCCCGGUGCCUGGCCCGGAGCGCCCUUCGGCAAAGGCCUCCUUGACCCCUUUUCGGCGGGUUCGGCCGGGGAGGCCAAAGAAGACCACCCCAUUUUCCGUGAGCCAGGUGCGCCACCGACGGCGCCUGCUUGGGCCUGGAACCAGGCAGCUCGCCAAACGCGCACCCCGUUCAGCGGCUCCAACGAUGAGACCCCGAUGGAUUUGGAGUCUGGCCUCGCUCGCCUUAAGCGGAUUCUUCUGGGGCAAAAGGGCCAAAAGCGCUUUCGCCCUUUCAGAGAUGCAGCCCCGGACAGACCCAGGCUGGUGGCCUACAACGUUUGCGGCUUCGGCGCAGGCUUCGGGGACGUCGACGAAGCGAUGGUCACAGAGGUCUAUGGCAAGCUCCGCGAGGACUUGCAAGGCCUGAAGGCAGACAUCAUUUGCCUCAACGAGGUUAAGCGCCUGCGGCUCAAGGACCCGGAAGGAAGCUUCCGGGAGGACAGCUUGGAGGCCUUGGCAGAAGACUUGGAGGAGAUGGAGUUCUUCUUUGCUCAUGCAAAUCCUGGGUAUGAGACUUUCGGCAAUGCCAUCUUGGUCGGAAAGAGGCUCCAGGUCCUGCAUUGCGAUUCGCUCCACCUCGAGGGGGGCUCUGUGAUAACCCUUGGUCCUGGAAAGACGAAGCACAUCGGUCGCGGAUGCCUCUCAGUGUGUGUGGAGGUGCAGGGCAAGCAGUUUGCCACGCUGGUGACCCACUGGGACCACAUCUCUGAGGCAGAGCGACUACGGCAAGCAGAAUCCUUUCUGUCCAGCCACACGCUGCUGUCUCAUGAUCUGCCCCACCUGCUUGUGGGAGAUCUCAAUGCGAUGAAGAGGUCAGACUACACAGACCAGGAGUGGGCUGGUUUGGAGCAGCGGAACGCCUUGAAAGGCUGGGCGCCGCCCGAAAACUCCCAGGCCCUGUUGGCUCUGGAGAGAGAAGGCUACAGCGAUCUUGGCGACAGCAUCCACCAGCUCAGCCCCUCCGAGGCCGCGGCCGCCUCGGAGCGGUCGCGGUGGACGAAGAAGGAGGGGCCCGGGCCGCCGAUCCGGAUCGAUUACAUCUACGCUUCCAAGCACUUCAGCGACAUUGGUGAGGCCAAAGCCGCUUUCGUUGCGGCGGCGACAGGCUCGGACCAUCUGCCCCUGGUCGCGGACAUCCUGCUAACGUAA